GGAUAAUAUUGUUAUUAGAUUAUUGUACUAUAAACACUUUUUUUUCAAAGGACGAAAAAUUGUAUUUUAAAUACAUAUUUGCAUACUUAUCAGGUCUUACAAUAGGUUAUUAAAAUAAUACAAUCGGUGUCUUAAUUAAAAAAAAAUGGGUGUGGAUUAUUAUAAAACGUUGAGUAUACCGCGAAAUGCCGAUCAAAAGACUAUCAAAAAGGCUUAUCAUCAGAUGGCCCUGAAGUACCACCCAGACAAGAACAAGGAUAACCGUGAGGCGGCGGAGCGAAAAUUUAAAGAGAUCAGUGAAGCCUACGAUGUUCUUAGUGAUGAAAAGAAGAAGGCUAUCUAUGACCAAUGUGGGGAGGAAGGACUUAAAGGUGGUAUGGGCCAGGGUGACGGUACACACAUGAAUUCUCAGUGGUCAACUCAGGGCGGUGAUUGUCGUCGUGGUGCAUAUACUUUUACCACAGACGAUGCCUUUGGCAUCUUUGAACGUUUCUUUGGUACACAGGAUCCCUUUAGUGGCGGUGAAGCCUUUGGUGGCGGUGGUCCUGGAUUGCAUCGUAUUUUCCGUGGUUUUGGUGGAUCGGAGGGCUUUAUGACUGGAUUUGCGACUCCGCAGGUUUCACCUGACCGUGAGGUGCCUGCAAUCGAGUACACUUUUUCCUGCACACUAGAAGAAAUUUUCCACGGAUGUGUAAGAAAGUUUAACUUAUCUCGUAAUAUGCCUAACGGGCAAGACAAGAAGGAAUUUGAGGUUAACGUCUUACCAGGGUAUAAAAAAGGGACCAAGAUACGAUUCGAACGUGAAGGCGGUUGCGUUAAAGGUUACGCACCUAAUGUUUUUGCUGAUAUGGUAUUCGUCCUGGAUGAGAAGCCACAUCCUCGCUUCAAGCGAGUAGAUGCUGAUUUAUUCACUGAUAUGCAUAUCAACUUAAAACAGGCGCUCUUGGGCACUACCGUGCAGGUUAAGGGUAUUGACGACAAGAUUCAUACACUUCCAUUGACAAAUAUUACUAAGGAGGGUCGCAAGCUGCGCAUUCGUCAAGAGGGAAUGCCAAAUCGUAAAGUUAAUUCUCGUGGUGAUCUUUACAUGACGUUUCAUAUUGACAUGCCCGAAAAACUCUCUGAAGAAACAAGACGCUUGGUGGAGAGGUGUGAUUUUAAAUGAAGCAAAUCAUAAAAGGGAUGUUUACCGUCUUUUUCAUAUUAACCUAUUUAUCUGAAGUCAAUUAUUUAUUAUUUGUAUUUUAUAAGAAUUUAUACAUACUUUUCAUUAUUACUAAACAGUGCAAACCAUUACACUAUACCUUAUGAAAAGUACAAUAAAAGUUUAUUCACAAUUUGCGUCUGAAAAGGAGAACAGUUUGGUUAGUGUCGCAUUCCGAUAUGAAUUGUUAGUGUGCGUGUUUACAUAUCUUUAUUACUUUUUGUUAAGUAAGAUAACAUUUAUAUAACAUAAAGUACUUUGUGUGAACCUAUAAAAAACAUAUCUGUAUGGAUAGACUCCUAAACAAUUUUCCAUAAA